GGCUAGUGAAACAGUUUAUGGGGAGCCUGGCAAGUGGUUUUUCAAAAAACGAUUAUCAGGAAAAACAUAAAUGGUGAAAUUUUUCGAGGAAGUAGAUUUCCCCGCGCACAUGGCUGAUACCUCCAAUCCCACUACUUCUCCUUCACCUUCAACCUCUUCAUUAACCGCACUAACAACUUACGUCCCGUCGCGCCCUUUUUCUCGUAAAUCACGCCAUUUCAAUAAACGCGACUCUACUCAUCUCCAUCACCCUCUUCCAUUUCCGGAUCCUUUCAGUGGCGUCAAUUUAAUUCACGUCCACAACGUUCACAGCCCUCCAAUUCACUAUUUCAUUCACCAUCACCAUUGCCCUUUUCCUCCGCCGCAAUGCCCGGAAAUGUGCAACGGGGGCGUGGCCAAAAGCGACGGGUGUGCGUCGUCUAGAAGUGGGGGUGUGACCUCGAACGGUACGACCAAUCAAGCGCCGGCGAAAUUCUAUUUCGGACCCGGUUUCGAACCUCAACGAGCGGGGUAUUACGAGCAACAAAGUAGGCCGAUUCACGGUCGGAAACGGGAGGAGUACGUGGUGAAUUUUCACGUCAAUCCCGGUGUCAAUGUCAAUUUGAUGAUGAGAGAUGGAAGCGUCGAGAUUUUAAGAGGUCCAGUGACGGUACCGAUGGUAUCCACCAACCAAUCGCCGCCGAUAGCGAUGCCGGUACACGUGCCGCCAGGUCACGUGGUCCAGCAGAUAGUCGACGAAAACGGCACGUUACGGCACGUUAUCUUGUCCACGUCACAACAUCCCAGUUUACUACCUUUACCGAACCCGCCACAUUAUACUAAUAGUGGACCCGGCCACGGUACCAACCAGUCACAACAGUACUACCCUGGUGGAGUAGCAGGAUAUCCUCCUCAACCUUACCAUACCAUGCAAGGCCCUCAUCCAGUAUCUAGUCCGACACAUCUGGGUCAUUCGCCGCCUCCUAAUCCUACCUUCUAUAAAGACGAAAGAACCCAAAGGCAGCACAUAAAACUGAAAAAGAAGCUGCAAGAAAAAAACCAAAAAGGUCCCGAGCUAUCGCCCAGAAAAGACCUAGUCAACGGCCUAAAACGAACCUCGGCCGGUACUAAUAGCAAAGAAAAAGGCAUGAACAGUGUAGGAACUAGCGAAGACGGCGAAGAAAGUAGCGUGCCUGACGAGGAAGACUCGGUGCAAGUCGUUACCGAUUUGUUAUCGUCUGUGCAAGCUCCCAAGGUACUAGAACUGAAUUCGCGCAGCGCUUUGCUGCAAUGGGCGCCUCCUCUGCGCCUAUCGGAAUCGGCCAGCAACGAUAGCGGUACCAACGAAAUCGACAUUGCCGAGAGCGAUUUGCGUUACGAGGUACUUUUGUGCGACAAAAGUCGCGAUGCGUCGCGCGAAAUGAAAUUCAAGUCGAUUUAUAAUGGAGCUGCGCAUUCUUGUCGAAUCCAGGACUUGAAACCUGGCCAAGAAUAUUCAGUUUCCCUUCAAGUGCAUUUAGACGAAUUACAAGGAUACGCUACAGAUCCAAUCAAAUUUACUACACCGCCAUGCGAACCGGAUCAACCUCAACCGCCCAAAUUAGGAACCAAAACGAAAAAUUCUUUACAACUUAGGUGGAGUCCUGUGAACGACAACGGCGCUAGAAUCCUAUUCUACAUUCUCGAAUCCGACUCGGGCAAAGGCGGCGAAUUCGAAGAGGUCCACAAAAGCAGAAGUCGCACCCAAUUCAACCUGCAAAAACUCCAGCCCGCUACCUCCUACAAAUUCCGAUUGGCAGUGGUCAACGAAGUGGGCAAAAGCGCCUACUCGGAUUCUGUGAUUUACCGGACAACGGACAAUCCUCCGACUCAACCCGAUCCUCCUACUCUGGUAGAGGCCACCGUUUCCACGCUGCACCUGAAAUGGAACCACCGGCCCAAAGACGAAGAGUACACUUUGCAAAUGAACGACCUAAAGACCAAAUAUGGUCACAUGAAUAUUUACAACGGAAGAGAUACGUCCUAUGUAUGUCAAAGGCUCACCUGUUAUAGUGAUUAUACUUUUAGGUUAAAAGCAACUAAUGAGGGUGGUACCUCACCAUGGAGCGAAGAAGUGACAUUGAAGACAAAGCCAGAUAGGCCUGAUAGGCCUUCCAAACCAGUGGUUAAAGGUCGGAUACAUGCUUAUUCCUUUAGGUUAAAAUGGGAACCUCCCAGUAACUCUGGAGGAGCUGAAAUUACUAAAUACAUUCUAGAAGUCAAUUCUGGCAGCGGCUAUGAACAAGUUUACUCUGGCCCUGAAACCGAAGCUGUUUGUGAUCGUUUAACCCCAGGCACUACUUACCAAUUAAGAGUCAGUUGUGCUUCUGCUGGUGGUCAAAGUGUUCCAUCUGACCCCUGUACAGUAACCACUGAAGCAAUCGGCCCGGGCACCUGCAGUAUUCCCAAAUUAGCGGGCAAACCAAAGCCGGAUUCGUUAACUAUCCGAUGGACGGAACCGGAGUAUAACGGUGGCGCCCCGGUUUUAGACUACGAAGUCGAAAUGACCAAUCCCGAUUCCAGUCGACUUUUAGUCCACAAAAGCAAAGAUACCGAGUGCACGGUGUCUGAGGGCAUCAUUCCAGGUCAAGAGUAUGCAUUUGCAGUGAGAGCCGUCAAUAGGAUAUGUGCUGGUACUUGGUCAGAAACCCUAAAAGUAAUAUCGGGUGCCGCUCCGCCCGGUUCCCCGGAUCAAAUUAAUUUGACGUGCCGAUCUCCGUUCCACGUGAGCAUAGAAUGGAGAGAACCUGUAAGCAAUGGCGCUCCUGUUAACGAAUAUAGAUUGGAAAUGAAUCAAGAUUCGCCUGACGACCCUAGCCAAUUUUCCAAUAUUUAUCAGGGACCUCAUACCAGUUACGAGGCCAAAAACUUAACGCCUUUUAGGACCUACUUUUUCAGGGUGCAAGCUUCGAAUUCUGCUGGUCCAGGUCCGUAUUCUCCUAUAGCAGCCACUGUUACACCAGCAGCACCACCAUCUGCAGUUUCAAUUUUAAGAAGUGAAGCCACUCCUACUAACAUCGCUCUAUGGUGGGCCGAGCCAAAUGCAAAUGGUGCCGAAAUUACCAGCUACAACAUUGAUUUGGGCGAUAGAGUUAUUGAAACUGAGGGGCCAAUAACUGAGUAUCUUUUGGAAAACUUGCUACCUGAAGUGCAGUAUAAGAUUAAAAUCCAAGCAGUAAACGCAGUAGGAGCGGGUAGUUUCUCGUCGACAUGGAGAACUUCGACUUUAAGAUUACCGCCUUCGGCUCCUGCAUUGGAAUGUGUAGGCACUGGGCAUAAUUAUCUCAAACUCAAAUGGGGAGAAGGUAAAAACUUGGAUUUCACCCAAUUUUCUGUUGAAAUGGAAAAUUUAAGAACAAAGGAAUGGCAGUGCGUCUAUAGAGGAACCGCGCUUACCUGCAAAGUCAAUAAAUUACACGAAUUAACGGCCUAUAGAUUUAGGAUAAAUGCCAACAACGACGCUGGAGUAGGCGACUUUUCCGAAGAGUACGAGUACAGCACAAACAUUGCGCCGCCAGCGGCCCUCAAACUGCCCAAAAUGGUAGAAGUGGACCAGAGAACCUGCACCAUCGAGUGGAUCGCCUCUAAAAAUUCCUUUAGCAAUCCUAUCGUUUAUCACGUGCAAGUUGCCAGGCUAAAGGAACAAGUUUACAAACAGGUUCAUCGUGGUUCUGAUACCAAAUGUACCAUCGAAGACUUGGAACCCGGCGUCGAGUACUCGGCUCGCGUCUGUCCCGUUCGCAUAACUUCGACCGGUGAGCUCACCGGGCCCUAUUCGCCCCCGUUAAAUUUCACCACAAUUUCCGGAGACGUUUCGGCCGUCACAAAACUGACACCCAGCAAUUCGACUCCGACGCACUCGCAAAAGAACCGAAACGUCGCCUUUUGGCACGGCACUUCCAUGAAAAAGUUCUACAGACAGAAUUUGGUGUGGAUCUGGGCGUUUUUGUUAACGGUUAUCGGGGUAGUGAUUUCCAUGGGUAUUGGUUCGUUUUUGUAGUAGGUUGAUCUUUUUUUAUGAUUGGGCGCUUAGUUUAGGAAUUAAAUAUUGUUUGAAUCUUUGUUAGUAGGGCUUCAAGAAUAGUAAAUUAAUUCCAAAAUUGUGCCAAAUUGUUUUUUAAAAAUGUGCUCUCUUGUUGUGUACAAAUUUUUGUAGGUUUUCAUGUUUCUAAUUUAUUACAGAAAAAGUGUUUGCUUAAUAUGUUUGUUGUUGUAUUCUGUCUUGCUUUGAAAAUAUAUUUAAAAUAUCUUGGGAAUAUUAAAUAAAACAAUUAUUUUAAAAUUCUCUAAUAUAUUUUAUAAACAAAAAAUGUAUUUUAUAAUGUAUGUGUUGUCAUUUUUGUUUUACUAUUCUUGAUGCCCUGCGAUGAUUUGAAUAAAGAAACUAAAAUCAAAAAUAAAUUAAUUGAAACUUUAUAGGAAUUUAUAUUAUCAAUUAAUCAAGCAAAGAGUAUUAUUUUUAAAAAAACAGGGCUUUUUAUUAUAUUGUGAAAUGUUGUUUUUAGGUGUAAUAUAAAAAAUUAUAGUCAAAUUAUAUGGUUUUUUUCUUUUGUCAAAAAUCUAUAUUUGAUAAGAAACAAAUAUCGUGUUUCAAUUUUUUCAUUCAAUUUCUGAGGUAAUCCUAAAAUGCUUACAAUUGUCAUUGUAAAAUCUUAGGUAAAUGUUAUUAUUCAUUAUGAAUUUUUUUAAAUUUUUCUAUGUAUGUUUUCACAGUAUUGCAAAAAUCAAACUUCACCCAAACUAUUAACAAUAUAAAUAUUCUUAUAAUUUUAUGUUUUUUAGUUUGAAAAGUUUUCUUAAAACACUCGCUAUGUGUAUAGAUUUUUAUCAAAAUAAAAAAUACUUAUUGAAAUAUAAUAAUAAUGGGAGUUAAAUUCUAAACUAGGAACCGAGAUGUCCGCAAAAUGGACCAUUUUUUAAUAUUUUUUUUUUUAUACGUGUCCGUACUUUUUUUGAGUGGUGCUAAACAAUUUAACGAUGUGAUGUUUGCUGCUGUACAGGGUGUUAUAUUUUUUUUUUUGUUUCCAUAGCUGUUUAAGGCCAAGGGCUAAUUGCAAGAGAUUAUUUUUCUAUAUAUUACACUGGAAUUUAAAAAAAAUGUAGAAAUAUAUAGUGUCGCUAAAAAAAUUGUUAUAUUGUUUUUAUUUGUGUUUUCUGAAAUUUUUUAGGAGAAAUAGAAUACCCUGUGCUGUGUGUUGUUAUUCCAGUCAUCCUGUACAUUUUUUAUAGGAAUAUAAAAAUGUGGUUGGCGGUAUUAAUAAAUUAUUAUUAUAAAUAAAUUAUAGGAAAAAUAAACGUAUUUUUUAAGUGGCUGGAACGCAUGUACCUAUAGAAAUAUUAUUAUUUUUUUUGAUUAUUAAUUAUUAUAUAAUUUUAUAUUAUAUGGAGUCGCGCAAACUGGUUUUCAAAAAAAAAAAAAAAAUUGUCAAAAGAAAAUUAAACAAUCUCGCGGUUACUGAUUAAAUUAAAUUUUUGAGAUUUUUAGGUUUAAUAAACUUUUGCGUGGCUUUGUACUUUUUAUUGCAAUUAUUGUAUAAUAAAAAUAGGACGAAAUAUUUAAAAAAAAAAAACAAGAAAAAAAUAUAAUUAUAUACAGUUAAUCCUAAAAAAUAUGAUCUAAUCUAUUAUUGAUAUAUUAUUAUUGGGACUUGUGAAGUGCUCCAAGCAUUAAUUGCAAGAGAUAUAUUAAUAUAUUAUGCUAUAAGAAAAUACAUAUUCUAUAAAUAAAUCAAUUAUAUAUUUUAUGUAC